CCUCAGGGAAGAAGGCUCAGCUCAUGAGAGACGAGGAAGGAGCUGCUGUGAAGUACUGUGUCUUGAACUUGUAGACAUGGCAGGGUCAGGUGUGAUGUAGCUAGGAUGUUGUCUGAGCGAACGAGCUUCAAAGUCCUUUUCCUUGCGUGUUGCCUUCAGAUUUGUGCCGAGAAAGUCUUUGCGUCAAGUGGUGUGCCCCUUCCUGUUCUUGCCGAGUUGUAUCAGAGAAGCAGGAUGCAUGCCGAGGUCGCGCCGGGAAAGAUGUCGAGCGCAUGGCAGGCCCAGGCGGAGGCACAGGGGGAGGUUGUCCGCAAGAUGAAGGAAGAGAUGAAAGCGAACCCGGCUGCGCAUACCAAAGAACAACUGGAUGCUGAAGUUGCCAAGUUGAAGGAGCUGAAGGCGAAGGCUGAUGAUCCCAUGAACGCUCUGGAGGAUCCGGUCAUCAAGGCGAAGUACCAGCUCGUUAGGAGUGUGGGAGAAGAAUGCGUCACGGACGGAGAGCUUGCUCUCCUGCUGUCCAAGAAGCCAGAUUCGUUUCGGUUGUACGACGGGUUUGAGCCCUCGGGCCGCAUGCACAUUGCGCAGGGCAUCUUCAAGGCCAUGAAUGUCAACAAGUGCACCAAGUCCGGAGGGACUUUCAUCUUCUGGGUGGCCGACUGGUUCGCGCUCAUGAACGACAAGAUGGGGGGCGAUCUGGAGAAAAUCAAGACGGUGGGCAAGUACUUGGUGGAGGUGUGGAAGGCCACAGGGAUGGACAUGGACAGAGUUCAGUUCGUGUGGAGCUCGGAGGAGAUCGCGUCCAAUGCAGUCUCCUACUGGACGCAAGCGCUGGACAUCGCGAGGAGGACAACGAUCACGAGGGUGAAGAAGUGCUGUCAGAUCAUGGGAAGGUUGGAGAACAAGCUGACGGCAGCUCAGAUCCUCUACCCACUCAUGCAGGCGACCGACAUCUUCUUCCUCAAGGCAGACAUCUGCCAGCUGGGAGUCGAUCAAAGGAAGGUCAACAUGCUUGCCAGGGAAUAUUGCGAUUCCGCAGGGAUCAAGAACAAGCCGAUCAUCCUGUCCCACCACAUGCUGUACGGCCUGAAGAAAGGUCAAGAGAAGAUGUCGAAGUCAGACCCUGACUCAGCGAUCUUCAUGGAGGACACGGAGGAGGACGUGGCGAGGAAGAUCAAUAACGCCUACUGCCCGAGCAAGCCCGAAGAUGAAGCCCCUGCAGCGCAGGCCGAGGACAUCGACGCUGGUCUUGAAAGUAUGCACUUGACCUCCGACGAUCUCAAGAACCCUUGCCUCGACUACGUGGAGAAUAUCAUCUUCUCUGUGCCCGAGGCCACUUUCACAGCUGGGGGUUCCACUUACAACUCCUUUCAGAGCGUCAAAGACGACUUUGUCGCCGGGAAACUGAGCGAGGCAGAGCUCAAGGGCGGAUUGAUCGCUGCAGUCAACAGGCUGCUGGACCCUGUGAGGAAGCACUUCAAGGAGGACGCCAACGCCAAGGCCAUCCUCGACCAGGUGAUGCAGUGGAAGAAGGAGAACCUCGUGCCCCCCAAGGGACUCAAGAGGCUCGUGGCCAUGCAGAGCAGCAAGCCUGUCUGGUGUGUCUUCGCCCCCUACGCCACUGCUGAGAUCACCCUGGGCCAGCUGACCUCCAUCAUCCGCCACCUCCAGCAGGCUCCUGCUGACCACCAGAAGGUCUUGUGGUGCCCGGACUGGAGCAGCUUCGCCGUCAACAGCUGCAACGGGGAGCAGAAGGUCAUCUCUGCCUGCUACAGCAUGAUGAUCGAGGCCCUCACGGCUGUGAUGCCUGACCUGAUGAAGGACGUCAAGGUCCUGAUCCAGAGCGAGGCCAUUCUCCUCGACCCCUCCCAGUACUGGAUCUCCGUCAUCAACGUCGGCCGUCACUUCCAGCUGCAACGGGUGCGAGCGGUGGACGAGGCCAACGAGACGGCCGGCCAGGUCAUCGCUGCAAUGAUGCAUGUCGGCGACGUGCUCGCCAUCGCUCCCUCCACAAUCUGCUCCUCCCCGGCGGCCAAGGUGGCGCACGAGCUUGCUUGCGACUACAUCAAGGAGACGGAGGUCACUGAGAUCGCGGUCCCCGCAGUACAUGUGUCUCCUCCUGUCGACUCAGCGUUGAAGCCUCCUCAUAUGAUGGACGGCCCUGCCAACGCCGACGACGAGAUCUAUCUGCUCGACGCCUCCAUGGACGUAGGAAGGAAACUGAAGCGCGCCUUCUGUGAGCCAGGAAACGUAGAGCACUGUCCUCCCAUCACGCUUGUGGAUGCCUGCGUCAUCUCUGCAGGGAAGGGUCUCGCUAUCAACCGCAAGGAGGAGAAUGGAGGAGACAAGAACUAUGUGUCCAUUGACGACCUUGUCGCCGACUUCAAGUCCGGAGCUCUUCAUCCCGGCGACUUGAAGCCCUCGGUCACCAAGGCGGUGGACGCCUACAUGCAGCUCAUUCGCGACCGCGUCAAGGCCAACGAUGCAGCGAAGAAGGCGGAGGCUGAGCUCAAGAACUUCCUCAAGAAAGCAGCGGCCAAGAAGAAGAAGUGAAGGGCGCCAGUAGGGAAACUCUCUCAGUACUCCUCGCCUUAGUUAAGUCACUCAUGAACAUGUCACACACUAUGA